CAGAGCCUCACCGCUUCAAUAGUCAUUCCAUACUAGGUGCAUAAGCAAUUCCUUAGCAUAAGCGGGGUUUGCCCUUGAUGAAAUACUAACUUACAUUUUUGGCAUCGACUCUUCUUGGCUCUUAUGCGAAUAAAUUCAUUUUUUUUGUGAUUGCAUGUUAGCGAUGCACCGGUACGUCUCCUCGUGUCCUUUGUACCGAAUCCUCGUUUUUGUUUUUUUAUUCUGUUGUAGAUGUGUUGCAUCCACGUCCAGCAACUUAUCGUCUGCAUUGGUUGGUGAUUUUAUUGCAUACGAAUGGAUUACAGACAAUUCGUCCUUCACGCCCAGCACACAUCGACGAUUGCUGAAACAAUCAUCGGACGGAUCUUUUUUGACAUACAAUUUUGGUAAAAACGGCGAGUAUUUUGACUGUGGGUUGUCGUUGAACAACUCUGACUUUGUAAUUCCCUUUUAUGGAAUUUUAAAUGGCGUUAAAGCUUCGUAUUCCUUUUACGUGCGUUCAAAUGCUACAACACUACUUAAGCUUGAUGACACUAAUGACUCGGCCGUCUCCUUUUUCUGUGACGAAACGCACCAGUCCAUUUAUGCCGUGGAUUACAGUGUCAAAAAUGCAGUCUCAAACAUUUACGAAUGGAAAGGACUCCCCUCGAAUAGUUCUUACUCUUUUGUCGCAACUGUAAACGGCGAAGUCACCUCCCUGCGUUCCUGGCAGAACGGUUACAUAGUUGUCGGCGGCAAUUUCACUCGUUUAUCACCAUACACAAAAUCGAAUCCGGAACAGCUGGUUGAAACGACACUCACCUCCGCAACUGCGUAUACAAGCUCUUCCUACUGGCAUAAUAUCUCUGCGCUUUCCUGUGACUUAACCGAACCUUCCUACCGCUGGAUUUUGUCAAACACAUCCUCAGCUUCCAUGCGGGCAUCUUUCACCUACCCAUUCACUCCUUCUCGUUUGCGCAUCUUUUUCUCUUCUUCUGGUCUCAAUCGUCCUACCACACUUCAACUUACCGCUAGUAGUGGUACCUCACCCGUAACCUUGUCAUACUUGGAUGACUCCUCGAAUGCCUGGAAGAACUGCUCUAUCGCAUGCCCUGUCAAUCAAACCUCGACGGCAUGGUAUCAGGACUUUUAUCUGGCGCAGUCUGUGUCUUCAGCCGCCUUCACGGCUUCCUUCUCAAACAAUGCUACCUCUAUGAUUGAAAUUGGAGGCAUGACGUUCUUUCAGGAGGAUAUUAUCGUUUAUGCCGACAAUGAUCUGAAUGACGACAAUUGUGAUUCCGAUGCUGUUACAUCUUAUACGGCAAUCGAUGGUGACUGGACUUCCGUCAACUCGUCUACUUAUCCAUACUAUGUCACCAGCAGUUCGGAUUCCAACAGCACCGUUUCUUUUUUCCCGAACAUUACGUAUUCCGUAAACACAUCGGUGAGCUAUUACGUCCCUUCAUGCCUUAAUGAUGGAUCUUGCAAGAAUCGCUCACGGGUCGCUGUUGACGUGUACUAUGCCAGUGGUCAGCAACCUGUCCAUAGCGUCAUUUCACUCGAGACAAAGUCUGAUGGAUAUGUCCCUGUCUACACUGGUUAUAUGCAAGGAAUGAGCACUGGCUUCAAACCUUGGGUUGCCGUCACAGCUUUAGAUCCCGACAGAAUGGUGACAACUAUGGCUAUGAAGUUUGAGCUUCACGAUUGGGUGGGCACGCCGGGUGGUCUGGCAUUUUUGCAAUCCGGUUCUUCACACGGCAUUUACACACUGUCUGAUGUUUCCUCGCAAAACAUUACUCAAGGUGCAAGCAUAACCGAUCUUUCAACAUGUAUCGGUUGCAGUGACGAACUAUUGUUCCUUGCUGGCCGCUUUAACUCGAAGGAUCAUUCUAUUCUCGCUCUGCAUCCUAAUCUUAGUCUUGACUCUAUCUCCAACGGAGGUUUGAAUGCAGCAGUUCAUACGGCAUACUCCGCAAACAACGUCUUGUACGUUGGCGGUGAAUUUACAUCGUCGUCGGAUGGCAAAGUUUCCUUGAAGUAUGCCGCUAGCUAUAACCUGCAAAACUCCUCUUGGCAGUCUUUGGGUCAAGGUGCAAAUGGGGCAGUUACAAGCAUUCAGCCAUUGACUCUCGCAGUGAAUGGACAAGAAGAAAUGCUUUUGGCUUUUUCUGGUAAUUUCACAAAUGUGGUUAACGCAGAUGGGGUCAAUAUUUUGGCGAAUGGGUUUGCUGUUUGGAACUCUUCAUCAAACGUUUGGCUUCGUCCUGCAGAUUUGGGCUACUACUUUUCUGGCGACAUUCAUAAUCUUAACACUCUCGGCGACGAACAGUUGUUAGUUGGAUCGCUCACCGAAUUUAUGCCCAACGUAUCUUAUGGACUUAUUGGCACUUCAAAAAACGUUCAGUCAAAGUCUUUAGUGGGCGAUUUCCAGAAAUCGCUCUCGCCCGGCUCACAAUUGUUGUCCGCUGCAUAUCCUUUCAGCGGAGGAUCACCACUUGUUAUUGCAGGACAUUUUGCAACAGACACUAACAUAUCUAAUAUUGCCUUUUUGAUUGGUGAGAAAAAUCUAACCAUGACAACUUCCAUUGGCAUUGACAAAGCAAGCAACAUUUCAGACGUGUGUUCGCUAAACUAUACUCUUUUUAUAUUUGGCAACAUUGUUAAUAGCACUACACAGACGCAAAGGGGCAUGGCACUUUACGAUUUAAUUGAGGGCUCUUUUGAUUAUUCCUCUUUGAUCAGCACGUUGUCAGGGGAUGUGAAUACUCAUUUAGCGUUCAAUGAUACAACUUCUAUGCUUAUUGCUGGAAACGUCACUGAGAGCACUAGCCAAUGUCGUGAUAUUUGCGUUCUCAAUUUGACCAGUUCUUCGUGGGAAAGCCUGGAUAACCCGUUUACGAAAUCGAAUAUAACGAGCUUGGUUUGGUUGGAGCAGGAUAAAGUAGUUCUAGCAGGGGGAACAUUCACUUUGAAUGGUUCGACCUCGCAUCUUCAAGUCUAUAACUUUACGAGUCAUGUAUGGUCAACGCCUUCACUCGCAGAAAGUUUGCGAGGACCCCCAACUCAUAUUGCUACAAUAACAGCGGCUCAAAACGAUACUUCGAACAACGCAUUUAUUGCAUAUGGUCUGGGUCAACAGAAUGCCUCACGCUAUUUCGUAUCGUAUAGUGAAAACUCUACCACUGAUAUAUCUUCUAACUUAUUACUUAAUGCCUCUGUCGUCGAAAAGCUGAUGUACCUGAAGGCUGAUUACAUCCUGCCUAAAUUCUCCGACGAGAAACUUCUUCUUGCUCUUGGAAAUCUCACAUUUAGUGAUGGUUCCGUUUCCUCCUUGGCUUACUACCGCAAUCAAAAAUGGUACUCCCUUUUGCGUACCGUGGACAAAUACGGGACUCCAGGCUCCUUACGUCGGAUUGCCAUACCAGACACAAGUGUCCUGGCUAUUCAAGUACAGACCAAGACACCCACCCUUGUAAAGUACAUGAAUAAGCAGUAUAUUAUUAUGGUGUCACUGGCUUCAAGCAUGGGCACUAUGUUUCUAAUUAUAUGGUCUGGAAUCAUUCUGGACAAGUUAAAGGAUCUAAUCUUCAAACAAGAAGGCUCCAAAGUCGAAGAAAAGAAGGCUCUCUAAACGGCGGAGGCUUGCUCUUUUACCCAAACUAUUUAAGAUACCCUCAUUCAUCUUCAUACUCUUUCAUAAUUUGUAAGAUAAUAUAAGCAUUCAUUGCAUCAAGACAAAGAAAUCAUUUUAUUCAUGCAGCGUUACAGAGGUAAGGAUUGUCCAUAAGAGAGCUAGUGUAGCAGAACA